UGUCGUGUCGUCUCGCCGAGUAUACUGAUCACAUUACCAUGCUGAAGUCACACCUAACAUCAGAGGGCCAUCUGCUGUGUGCGGCCAUCCUUUUUACCUUAGUCAGCCCGCUCCUGGCACCCCCUCCUACCACGCCCCAGCCGCCAGACCAACGGCUCAUCUCCGAAGACGUCAAACGUUUUCUCCCCCACUCAAAGUGUUCUAGUAUUCUCCCUCAUCCUGUAUUGGAUCGCCUUCUCCGCCCUCUUGGGUUCAAACUCACGGAGAAGGGGAUGAAGUAUAAUGCUACGUGCACCCGGCCGUAUCCUCAAACUGAACACACGUCAGUACCUGACCCUUUGGGGGAGCUUUGCGUGCUCGCUUUUAACACACUCCAAGAAGCGUGCAGUCUGGGUUCUGCGGCAGAUCCAGCUGACGUCUUAUCAAGAAUCCCCUCCAGAGAGAAGACUCCUUUAAAGGAGGUUUGUGGUGAACUUUCUCAGUGGGUUACGCAAAUUACCCCUCCUGAUGAUCACUCGAGGGGGUUAUAUGGAGAGCAUUGUGAAACAACCUGUGCCGAUCCGGCUGGAUCGGGAUUGGCCAAUGGUGAUUGCUACGGGCUGUACCAAGGAAGAAGAUUAGUGGCUAUGCUGAAGGACGUGGCGAGUCAACACGACGCAGGUGCAGGUGGUAGUAAUGUCGGAAAUGCCAACUCACAUUCACUUCAUGCCCCGGGGGCCGCACAUCAAGAGGGAGCUCCAGCCAUCGCUUCUUCAGCAGUCGGUUCUUCCACUGUUUCUCCAGCUUCAGUAACUGCGGCUACCACGACGGCUUCCGCAUCCGCUGGUGAAGGCUCCUCCACUCCUGCUCCUGCCGUAGCUGGAAGAGUUGAAGCUGUGGAUGGAGUUGCUGAAGCAGCAGCUGGUAGACCCGAAGCUACGGCUGGUAAUCCUGAAACAGAAGGCAGAGGUGCGGAAGCAUCAGCUGUAAGGGGUGGUGUUGGAUCCCUUGGUGGUGCGGCUCAAGCUACAAACGUCGGAGAAGCGAAGUUGGAUCGUCUGGCAGCCAGCGAUGGAGCAGCUGUACUCGCUGGCUCUGUCAAAAAUGACGCACCGAGGAUCAUUCCUGCUUACGAGAUUGACGUACAAGUGACCCCCCCUCCCGACAACAAUGGCCCAUCAAAGAUCACUGGUGUUGAUAAAGGCGCAAGUGGCGCUUCAGAAACAUCUACCGUCAAAGACGCAUCCAAGGCCAAUGCUAUUGGCGGAGACAUAAAUGGUGCAGCGGAUACCAAACCGGUGCCGGACGUUGGAGACAACAAUGGCGCAAACGGCGGUAACGCGGCGACUCUGACACAGGGAGACAUCAGACCAGAAACAGGUUAGAAACGGUCAAUGAAUGAUUCAGUGAAUGAAUGAAUGGAUUUAAUGAUGAAUCAAUAGAGUGGUGUGUGGGGGAACGAAAGAAUGAAUGGAGUCAGUGGG